AUGAUCUCUGCUUCAGGGGAACAAGACGAGGAAUCGUUUAUACCAUCUACUUUGCUAGACUCGGACGACGACGCGGAUGAAUUGUCUCGAGACUGGUCGCACAUAGCUAAGCUCUGUAAGAGCCAGGUGGUGGUCCCCAAAAGAGGCGAAAAGGACUAUGAGCCAGAUGGAACGGAUGCGCAAGAAAUGCUACUGUAUAGAGCGAAAAAAGCGAUGUUCGACUCGCUUUCAGACGCUGCCAGAGGUGCAGUGGUGAAAAACUUGAUCAAAGCAUACUAUGUUCCUGAGCUCCACCGAGGGUUCGUGUCUCAUCCCAAGGGCAGUUUUAUGCACACUAUGGGUAGAGUCGACAGAGAUGGUGUAUGUUGGCUGACAUUCCAUGAAUUCGUGUAUUUGGCGGAAAGAGGCACUAUCUCCCCUUACUUCAAGCGAGCCGAUCGCCAGGACCACGAAUUAGACCCGCCGAUGAGCAUACAAGACUUGUAUUUGCUUUUCAAAUCCCCACAAGAAUGUGAUGACUUUUUAAUUUAUGCGCAUUUGAAAAGGCUGGGCUUUAUUGUCAUGAACACUCCAGAGGCAACCCUAGCAGUUGGUGAACCUAGCUCAAAACUGCGACCACGGACAACGCAAACUUUAAGCUCUUUAGCAAAGGAAGCGCUACAAUUUCUUCGCAUACCCACGUAUCACCCCUUGCAAUUUCAUUUGACUAGAUAUACGACUUCCGGGCAAAUCUACGAAGCUUUAAACAAAUUGGUGCCAUUUUAUGCAGCUACUAAAACUAGCCAAAGUACAAGCUACGAAGAGUGUAACAAAUCAGAGGUUGUCAAAUAUCCCAAAUUCACAUUCGAUGUAUGGAAACCACGAGGUAGUUUUAAGAAGAAAACGCCUGGUUUACCGGAUUUCCAGAUAUUAAUAUUGAAUAAAAACAGCAGCGAUUACAAGUUUCCUACAUACUCUGAAAUGAAGCUUAUAUUUGCGAACCUGAGCUAUGAUGCAGAAGAACUCACUGGCGCAUCAAAAAAUGGGAAGCCGACUGAGGGUCUUUCUGGAAGUAAAAAGGACAAGAGGUUUGCUAAGCAAGUUCCGCCUCAUAUAGAGCAACAAAGGCGCCUAAAAAAAGGAUACAGGAGCUUCGUAUUGGCUGUUAUGGAUGACGGUCUGACAAGCUUUGUCAAAAUAACAGAGGCAGACUUCGGCUCAGAGAAUGUUUGGUUUAAACCAAGUUCUCAGUUACCGAAAGCUCGACCAAAAAUCGCUAGAGGGAAGAUGUCUGAUGCAAGUCGCCGCUCCAACAUCUAG